AUGGCAGCUCUCGGUUCAACGUCAGGCUUAAUCUACAAAAAUGACUUCAUCAAAGAUGGAUACAUAUUCGAGAAAGAUGCCGGGACAGGGCAGCAAGUCGAGGAGAUGGAAGCAAACCUCAUACCUUUUGCAUCAGAAGCUGGAUUGCAUUUCUAUAAAAGCAAUGUUCUCGACGACACGCGCAAACGACAGGUCCUUGAUUCUUGCUUCCCGUGGUUUGGACUUGGGCUUUAUCGAACUUUCGGAGCCAUGCCCGGCGAUUAUGCCUUUCGACAGAGCGAUCCAUUCUCAAAGACCGAAUCACUCCUGAUACAGUUUUGGAAAAAGGGAUCGAGGGUUACUUAUUGGAAAGGUUCGCAUCUUGAGCAGGUGGCUACCAUGAAGGGAGAAAAUAAUUUGUGGAGAGCUCCUCGUGUGGCACUUUCUAGGCUUGGCCUUGAGCCUGUUGAGAUUUCAUUUGAGAACGGAGGUUUUUCCAUCCGUGACACCCGCCUCUUUGUCGAAGUAUCGGAAGGAAGUGCUAUUACAUUUGGAAUCGCCUCAGAAGACGUGCUGAAAAAAUGGUGGGCCCCAAUGAAGCUUCCAAGGUCACUCCAAACAGUAGUCAGCAACAUGGAAGGAGACAAUUUUGGUAUGAACGUUACGUACUUCGAUGAAAGACAUGAUUCUCAAGCACUCGAAGUCAGCCCGCCGCCUGGUUAG